AUGAGCAAGAAGCUGUACCGGCCCUUCCAGUCGGAGCUGUUCGCCAAGCGCGCCUACCGCGAGCUGCGCCUCCUCAAACACAUGCGCCACGAGAACGUGAUCGGGCUGCUGGAUGUGUUCACUCCUGACGAGACCCUGGACGACUUCACGGAUUUUUACCUGGUGAUGCCGUUCAUGGGCACGGACCUGAGCAAGCUUAUGAAGCACGAGACGCUGAGCGAGGACCGCGUCCAGUUCCUCGUGUAUCAGAUGCUGAGGGGGCUGAAGUACAUCCACGCUGCUGGCAUCAUCCACCGGGACCUGAAACCCAGCAACCUGGCGGUGAACGAGGACUGUGAGCUGAAGAUCCUGGACUUUGGCCUGGCCAGGCAGGCAGACAGUGAGAUGACCGGGUAUGUGGUGACCCGGUGGUACCGGGCGCCUGAGGUCAUCUUGAAUUGGAUGCGUUACACGCAGACGGUGGACGUCUGGUCGGUGGGCUGCAUCAUGGCCGAGAUGAUCACGGGCAAGACGCUGUUCAAGGGCAAUGACCACCUGGACCAGCUGAAGGAGAUCAUGAAGGUGACGGGGACGCCACCGGACGAGUUCGUGCAGCGGCUGCAGAGUGCCGACGCUAAGAGCUACAUGAAGGGCCUCCCUGAGCUGGAGAAGAAGGACUUUGCCUCCGUCCUGGCCAGCGCCAGCCCCCUGGCUGUGAGCCUGCUGGAGAAGAUGCUGGUGCUGGACGCGGAACAGCGGGUGACAGCGGCCGAGGCUCUGGCCCACCCCUACUUCGAGUCCCUGCGUGACCCGGAGGACGAGCCCAAGGCCCAGAAGUACGACGACUCCUUUGACGAUGUGGACCGCACGCUGGACGAGUGGAAGCGUGUCACUUACAAAGAGGUGCUCAGCUUCAAGCCUCCCAGGCAGCUGGGGACCAGAGUCUCUAAGGAAACAGCUCUGUGAAGACCCUUGGGCCCCAGGGGUGGCCGUGGGUCUCCACCUUGGGCCUCCCAAGGGGGUUCUGGUCACCUUGUGAGCUUGGCUGGGGCUUGCGCCCGAGGCUCCAUCUCCCCUGCCCCAGCCUGCUCCUCUGCCCUCGGGUGCCACCUCGGCCAGCCCUGGUGGAGGCUCCAUUCUUUCUGGAUAGAUCUCUGCCCAACCUGGGCAUGGCCUCUGGCCCCAGAGCAGUGGCACUUUCGUCAAGGUGAAGGAGACCUCAGAGCUGGCGGGACUCCAGGGCAAGUCCUAGCCUCUGAGCCCAGCCCUUGAGGAGGAAGGCAGAGGGGGGCCAUGGGGCACCAACUCAGGGACAUCUCUCCUGGGGGCGUGGGUGGACCCUCCUGCUCCCCCAGCCUGGAAUGUAAACCAGCCUGUGGUGUGGCUGCGUGGCUGGAAGGAAUAAACCCUUUUGUAGCGCUCUC